AUGGACAUAUACCUUCUAACAACAUGGACAAUAAUAAUUGCAGCCAUCCUUCUUGUCCAUGUCCUGGUGGCUACCGACAACAACAGUCUACUAGCCCGCAUAUUCUACCACAUGAGAUUGUCGAGGUGUCACCGAGGUCUCCUGAUUCCCUCGGACUGGUCUGGAUGUUAUUUGCCUAUAUGUGGUGUCACUGCAGAUUCAGUGGCAACCCCACUCCCCUCGAAUACGGCAACGGCGAUCAGACACUGGUCGGGCGUCAUCAUGCUCGCGCUCAUACUCCAGCUCAAAGUCUACCUAUGGUGGCUUCGUGUCGCCCUUAUCGCAGAAGAGACGUCCGAAAGGCCCCCCACUCUUCGUGCGGCGCGCCUUAUCGGUAUUUGUGAGCUAAGCGCUCCGCGUGCUUUUCGCCAUCGCCGCGGCCAACAGGCCAAAGAUGCACUGGCGGGUGCCGGGUGGCGUGGUUGCGAAUAUCAUUCUACUACCUUUGUUCGAGUUUGUCUUGGUAGCCGCUUUCCUACUAUAAGCGAUGGACUUUCUUGCGAGGCUGAUUUGGUCGGUUCUAUGGCUCGCAACUCAUAA